AACCACGUAAAAGACGCCACUUGUUUUUCUCAUCAGUGCAGACCUCAGCAUACGACCCCUCUUUGUCUCAAAUGGUAGCCGUUUCUCUUUGGUUUUUUCUCCUUGCCAGUGACCUUGUUUAAUCUCAAUGUGUGUGUGUGUGUGUGUGUCUCUGAAAGAGAGAGAGAGAGAGAGAGAGAGAGAGAGAGAGAGAGAGAGAAUACCACAAUCACCUAGUGCUACACCCAAUGCUUUCAGAUAUCUUCUUGUGUGGUUUCUCCUCUGCUUCCCACCCUCUAUCUUUGUCAUCUCGAUCCAUAUGAGUAAAGCAAGCCUUUGAAACACCUUGCUGUUCUUCCCUCCAACCGCAACCAUGCAAGCCACCAAAUCAUUCGAGCAAGCUUUCCUGAAGCAAAUGCUUCUUGGCAUCCAACUUUCUGCUGUUUCACACGGAAGCGGGAGUCUUCAGGAGAGGAAGAGCGCCAUCAAGCUCUCGGCCGAUGUCGCCAUGGCCGUCGCCAGAGGUAGCAAAAAAUGGACUCGUGGCCUCAUCGCUAGCCUCUCCAAGGAAGAGCAGAACAGGUCCUUCCUUCAGUUCGUCCUUGGAAAGGAGUUUGAGAGACCAGCCAAGAUUUGCCACAGCUCAUGGAAGAUCCCAAGGAGCAAGAAUAUCGUGAGGAGGAGCCUUAGGUUUCUGUCCAAGAGGAAGAGCAACAUACGUGCACCGAAUAGCAGCGUUCUUGCCGGGACACUAGUGGAGAAGAGAACACAAGUGCUCAAGAGGCUUGUCCCCGGGGGUCAGUCCAUGGAUGCGUUCUCCUUGUUGGACGAAACCCUAGACUAUGCCGCCUGUCUUCGAGCUCAGGUGGAUGUAAUGCAGAAGCUUAUGACAACUCUCGAAGCAUCAAAACAUAGAGCUGACAGUGACGCACAGCGCCCCAAAGAAAAGUUUCAUCUGUUGCCAAUGGUGGGAAGCUGGUAUUCCACGAGGAAAGGCCUCAGGAAAAGGCUCAGCAAGAGGCCAAAGCUCACACUGUAGCAUGGGAGGAACGUGUCCUCUGCCGAAAGUAACGUGAGAAGAAUGUAAUGCGUGCGUCGGUGCUUUGUAUUGAUCGCUCUUCUGAAACUGCUAAAGAUUGGAGAAUGUCGAAACGUGGAGGAGAUCAUAUGUAUGUAUGUAUAUUGGAGAGGGAUAAAGCAGUGAAGCUUUUGCUUUCCCAUUAAUAUUACUGGCUCUUGUUUUGUGUGAAAGACUCAUUGAGGACUCGAAAUAUAUGCAUA